AUGUUAUCAGAAGAAACAAAGGCAACACUACAUACAAGAGACUCAAUAAAGACAUACGCGAUAUUGUUUGGUGAAAUAGAAAAAAAUAUAGUCAACAUUGGGGGAAGUCUUAAGUAUGACGACAACUCAAGAAAUGAUUUAAUGAAAUAUCAGUGGAAGGUGAGUUCCUUAUGGGAAAGGAUUCAACAAAAAUUAACCAUUGAUAUGAAGGAAAAUAAUUUGGGGAUCGUCCAGGAUGAAAGAUACAUAAGAAUUCAAGAUGACUACAUGUCACUUAAGUUGAAUUUGGACGAAAGAAUACAAAGCAUGGGAAAAAAUAUGGAAGAAGCAUCGAAGAAUUCAAUUCGUGAAGUAUUGCGCAUUAAGAAAAAAGGGGGAGCCCAAAAAGAAUGGAUAUCCUUUGCAGCAGAAUUUGAAGAGGAGAUAGCUACACUGAAACAAAAACUUGAUCAAUGUCAAAACUACAGUACAUUUUGGGAAAACCAAGUACAUUUCUGUACGAUUACGAAGGAACUCCAAGAAGAGGAGAUAGCUGCACUGAAAGAAGGAAUUGCUAAUCAGCAUAUAGCUCGCAUGAAACUCGAAGUAAAGAAUAAAGAGCAAGAAGAAGAGAUAGCUGCACUGAAAGAAGAAAUUGCUGAUCAGCAUAUAGCUCGCAUGAAACUCGAAGUGAAGAAUGAACUCCAAGAAGAGGAGAUAGCUGCACUGAAAAAGGAAACUACUGAGCAACAUAAACUCGAAGCAAUGUAUCAAAAACAGGUUAGGGACUUACAAAAACAAAUAGAACUUUCCACAGGUAAGACACAGGAUGCAGGAGCACAUUUACAGGCGGUACGUAAACGUGAACAAGCGGCUGAACAAGAAUUGCUCCAAAAAGCAAAAUAUGAAAUGGAAAAAGAAGGAGGAAAAACAGCAACAAAAUCCAAUAAUAAAAUUGCACCAAUUAUAGUUUCUGAAGGCGUUCAACGGCAUUUUUUUCCCCCGGCAGCUCCACACUUUGGUGGAACGGUGGAGGCUUUAAAAACUGUAAUAGAAUAUAAUAAUAAACGUAAUUCAGAAAGCGUUCAAAGGCAGUUUUUUCCACGGGUAGCUCCACACUUCGGUGGAAUGUGGGAGACUGAGGUAAAAUCAAUUCAAUGUUUUCCCAGGGUUGCUCCACACUUCGGUGGAAUGUGGGAGGCUGGUGGAAAAUCGCUAAAAUAUUACUUAAAACGAGUGAUUGGAGAAACCAAUCUAGCAUAUGAAGAAAUGUCAACUUUAUUGCAUCAAAUAGAAGCAGUCCUCAAUUCAAGACCUUUAUAUCAACAGAGUGACGGGGUUGGAGAAGAUGCAGUAUUGAUUCCCGCACAUUUUUUAAUAGAAAAAUCAUUGUUAAGCAUCCCUGAACCAAUUCCAGACGGUACAAUUAGUAAUUGGGACCGGUGGAAACCGAUACAAAAAUUAAUAAUCAAUUAUUGGAAAAAAUGGAAAGUGAAGUACUUGGUGACACAGGAAAAUUACAAAAAGAGACAAAUAGCUAGAAACGAAUUGAGUCAUCCAGCAAAAUGGCCAAUGGGACAAAUUGAAGAAAAUAUAUCUAAGCAUGUGUCACACAUAUCAACAACUGAAGAUAAAAAGAAGCCACCAAAAUUAAGAAAAGGUUACAACAUUUUAAUGUAUUUUUUUGCGCUAUUAUGGCUGUCAACAGGUAACGC